CAGCUCCGGUACCGGCACCGCUCUAACCCAUUCCGGCACCACUUCUACUCCGGUACCGGUACCGCUCUUGCUCCGGCACCACUCUAACCCUCCCGGCACCGUUUCUGCUCCGGUACCGGCACCACUUCUGCUCCGGUGCCGACUCGACUCUAGCCUCUUCCGACACCGGUACCGUUCGGGCGCUAGCACCGCUCCAGCCCUUCCGGCUCCGCUACCACUUCGGCACCUCUUCUGUACCGGCACCGCUCGGGCACCGCUCCAGCCCCUUCCGGCUCCGGUAACACUCCCGCUCCGGUAACACUCCGGCACCGCUCCUGCCCCGGCUCCGCUCCAAACCCUCUCCGGUACCGUCCCCGCUUUUGUUCCAGCCCCGGCCGCAGCCCCGGAGCGGCGCCGCUGCCCCCGGCCCGGCCCCGGAGCGGCCCCGCAGCACCGCCCCUGCGCUUGCCGGGCCCCGGCGUGGCGGCGGCAGGAAGGAGGAAGGCGGCAGAGCGAGCGGGCUGCGCCAUCCCUCGCCGCUACCAUGAACAAGAUGAAAAACUUCAAGAGGAGGUUUUCCCUCUCAGUUCCUCGGACAGAGACCAUCGAGGAGUCCCUGACAGAGUUCACAGAGCAGUUCAACCAGCUCAACAACCGCAGGAAUGAAGACCUGGCCCAAGGCCACCUGCAGCUGGGCAGGGAGCUGGAAGCAGACAGCAGCCCCAUCUCCCCCUCGGAGGUGGAGGCGCAGUCCCCGCCGGGCGUGCGCUACCGCGGCAGCAGCCAGCGCCGCUUCUCCACCGAGGAUGUCAGCAAGCGCCUGUCCCUGCCCAUGGACAUCCGCCUGCCCCCCGAGUUCCUGCAGAAGCUGCAGAUGGAGAGCCCAGAGUUCCCCAAGCCCCUCAGCAGGAUGUCCAGAAGGGCUUCCCUCUCAGAUAUUGGGUUUGGGAAGCUGGAAACCUAUGUUAAACUGGACAAACUGGGAGAGGGCACCUAUGCCACUGUCUUCAAGGGGCGCAGCAAGCUGACCGAGAACCUGGUGGCCCUGAAGGAGAUCCGCCUGGAGCACGAGGAAGGGGCCCCUUGCACGGCCAUCCGGGAGGUGUCACUGCUGAAGAACCUGAAGCACGCCAACAUCGUGACCCUGCACGACAUCAUCCACACCGAGCGCUCCCUCACCCUGGUCUUUGAGUACCUGGAGAACGACCUCAAGCAGUACCUUGACAACUGUGGGAACCUGAUGAGUGUGCACAACGUGAAGAUCUUCAUGUUCCAGCUGCUGCGGGGUCUGGCUUACUGCCACGGCAGGAAGAUCCUGCACCGAGACCUCAAGCCCCAGAACCUGCUGAUCAACGAGAGGGGAGAGCUCAAGCUGGCUGACUUUGGGCUAGCCAGAGCCAAGUCAGUCCCUACAAAGACCUAUUCCAACGAGGUGGUCACGCUCUGGUACCGGCCCCCCGAUGUCCUCCUGGGAUCUACUGAGUACUCCACCCCCAUCGACAUGUGGGGCGUUGGCUGCAUCCACUACGAGAUGGUCACCGGCAGGCCCAUGUUCCCUGGCUCCACCGUCAAGGAGGAGCUGCAUCUGAUCUUCCGGCUGCUGGGAACCCCAACAGAAGACACCUGGCCUGGAAUCACAUCCAACGAGGAGUUCAAGGCUUACAACUUCACCCAGUACCGAGCCCAGCCCUUACUAAACCAUGCCCCAAGGCUGGACUCGGAAGGCAUUGACCUGCUGACCAACCUCCUUCUGUACGAAGCCAAAGGCAGGAUCUCGGCGGAGGCAGCCCUGCGGCAUCCCUACUUCAAGAGCCUGGGGGAGAGGAUCCAGCUCCUGCCUGACAAUGCCUCCAUCUUCUCCCUGAAGGAGAUCCAGCUUCAGAAGGACCCUGGCCACCGAGGCUCAGCCUUCCAGCAGUCAGCCCGAGGGAAGAACAGGAGGCAGAGCAUAUUUUAGACUCGGAUCUCCUGCUCCCUUUGUCACCAUGGAGAUUAAAGCCCCGAGGAAGGAGACAGCAGCUCGCUCCCACCUGACCCGCCGCAGAGCCACCGCCGCCAGCAGGACCACGCUGCAGGGCUGCAG